AUGAGCGGCAGAAGCGGAGGAGCCGGACACGUGUCGUCGUUUCGUUCGCUAAAGCCCCUGGAUUUGAGGAGCGAGGAGUCGCGGAAAGCGGCGAUCCCGCUGGGGCCGGAGGGCGCGGUGUUGCACGGGCGGCUCGACAACGGCGUGACGUACUACGUGCGCCGCAACGCCAAGCCGCAGCACCGCGCCGCGUUGGCGCUGGCGGUCCGCGUGGGGUCCCUGGCGGAGGAGGAGGCGGAGCGGGGAGUGGCGCACAUUCUCGAGCAUCUAGCCUUCAGCGCAACGAGGCGUUACAGCAACCAUGACAUCGUGCGCUUCCUUGAGAGCAUCGGGGCGGAGUUCGGCGCGUGUCAGAACGCGUACACGUCAGCAGACGAGACGGUGUUUGAGCUGCAGCUGCCCGUCGAUAAGCCCGAGCUGCUGCCUCACGCCAUCUCCAUUCUGGCUGACUUCGCCAGCGAGAUCCGCGUGUCAGAGGAGGACGUGGAGAAGGAGAGGGGAGCGGUGCUGGAGGAGUGGCGGGAGAGGCGCAACGCCAUGGGGCGCAUGCAGGACGCGCACUGGCACCUGCUCAUGCACGGCAGCAAGUAUGCAGAGCGCCUGCCCAUCGGCCUGGAGUCAGUGAUCCGCGGAGUGCCAGCGGGUGCUGUGAAGCGCUUCUACCACACGUGGUACCACCCCGCUAACAUGGCUGUAGUCGCUGUGGGGGACUUUCCUGACGCUCAGGCAGUGGUGGCGCUGAUAGCGGAGCACUUUGCAGCCAAGCUGCCGCUCUGCCCAUCCGCGCGCCCGUCAGUGCCGGAGGAGCCCUUUCAUGUGCACUCGCAGCCGCGCUUCUCCGUCUUCGUUGAAAGGGAGGCUGGCGGGUCAGCAGUGAUGGUGACAUGCAAGGCGCCAGUGCAAGCCAUGGUGACCCCCAUGGACUACAGGCAGUAUCUGGUGGAGGAGCUAUUCCAGGCCGCCCUCUCGCACCGCCUCUUCCUGCUCUCCCGCCGCCCCAACCCGCCCUUCUACGCCGCUGCUGCCACGGUGGAGGCGCUGGUGAAGUCCACGCGCUCCUUCUCCCUCAGCGCGAGCUGUCAGGACAAGGGCACGCUCAAGGCACUGGAGGCGCUGUGGAUGGAGGUCGCGCGAGUGCAAGUGCACGGCAUUUCAAACCGAGAGCUGGCGAUGGCGCGCGUGCAGUGUCUGGCGGACGUGGAGUCGGCAUACGUGGAGAGGGAGCAGACGUACAGCGAGGCGCUGAGAGAGGAGUACCUGGCGCACUUCCUCAAGGACGAGCCCUCGCCCGGCAUUGAGUACGAGGCACGACUGGCCAAGGCGCUGCUGCCAGGCAUCACAGCGGCAGAAGUGGCAGCGGUGGCGUCGGAAAUCUCACCCAGCAGCAGCUGCGUGGUGAAGAUCGUGGAGGCCAAGGCGCAGGCCACCGUGGAGGCGAUUCAAGGCGUCAUCGCCCGCGUGAUGCGCGCCAAGGAGGCCACUGUGGCUGCCAUGCGCGCUGACGCGGCUGCCAAGGCUGCUGUGCAGGCCAACGAGGCUGCUCAGGCUGAUGAGGCGAAGGAGGCUGCUGACGCGACACCACCCGUACCGGGGGAGGUGGAGGAGCAGAGGGAGUAUCUGGGUGUGGGAGUGACGGAGCUGAGGUUAUCCAACGGCAUGCGCGUGGCGGUCAAAUGCACCGACUUCCUUGACGACCAGAUCCUGAUAUCCGGCUACGCGUACGGGGGUCUCUCGGAGGUGUCGGAAGCGGACUACUACACGGCGGCCAUGGCGCAGAGCAUCGCGGGGGAGGCGGGCAUAUUCGGCCACCCGCCAGCUGUCAUGGCGGAGCUGCUGGCCGGCAAGCGCAUGGAGGUGGGCGGCAAGCUGUCGUCCUACAUGCGCGUGUUCUCAGGGGAGUGCUCCCCGGACGACCUCGAGACGGCUCUGCAGCUGGUGUACCAGCUGUUCACGUGCAGCAUACGGGCGGAGGCGAAGGACAUAGCGCUGAUCAAGCAGAUGACACGCGAGGCCGUGCGCGGGCAGCAGCGCGACCCCUUCACUGCCUUCGCCAACCGCGUGAGGGAGAUCAGCUACGGCCGCAGCUACCAGUUCAAGCCAAUAACAGAGUCGGAUCUGAAGCGCGUGGACUACAGCAGGGCGUGUGAGUACUUUGAGCGGGCGUUCAAGGACCCCUCGCCCUUCACUGCCGUUAUCGUCGGCAGCACUCGCCUGGAGCAGGCGCUGCCGCUCAUCAAGCAGUACCUGGGCGGCAUCCCAGUGCCUCCCCCAUCAGCCGCCAUGCCGCUCUACGAGCGCGACUCGCUCACGGCGCUGCCCUUCAAGUUCCCCGACUCCCUCAUCCGGGAGGAGGUGAGGAGGGUGAUGGUGGAGGCGCAGGGCUACACGCAGAUCACCUUCCCCCUCACCAUCCCUGCCAGCCCCAAAGUCGUGGAGGAGACGAUGUGGGUGGGCUUCCUCACGAAGCUGCUGGAGACGCGCAUCAUGCAGCUGCUGCGAUUCAAGCAUGGCCAGAUCUACACGGUGGCGGCGUCGUCCUUCCUGGGGGGGGCGCGGCCAUCACGAGGCGGCGGGGUGCGGGGGGACCUGGCAGUCGCCUUCUCCUGCGACCCCACCACCGCUUGGUCCCUUGUGGACCUGAGUGUGGCGGAGAUAGAGCGAGUGCAGAGGGAGGGGCCGGAGGAGUCAGACGUGAAGACGGCACGGGAGUUGGAGCAGCGCGCGCACGAGAUGGGGCUGCAGGAGAACUCCUUCUGGCUCGACCGCGUCGUGCGCGCGUACCAGACGCGCCUGUACGACGGCAAUGUGGACGAGUCGUUUCAGGCACUGGAGGACAUCCGUCUGCGUCUCAUCAGCCAGCUCAGCGCUGACUCAGUCCGCGCCAUGCUGACUCAGCUACUCCCAGUGCCGUGCUCCAAGCAGUACACAGCUGUCAGCCUCGUGCCCACUCAGCCCCUCUGGCGCCGCCUGCUGUCACUGCCGCCCAAGCAGAACCCGGGCCUCACUUCAGAAUCCAAAGCACUGCUUGCUGUGCUGGCUGCUGCUGCAAUUGGAGUGGCACUGUGGCGGUGCCGACCAAGGCACUAG